AUGUCGCGACCGCGGUCGUCGUCGCCGCCACCGCCGCGGUCGCCGUUCGACCCCAUCCCCAGAGACGCGCUGUACGGCGCGAACGGCGGCCGAACGGAAGCGAGCGACCUCUACCUCCUCGAGCACGAGCGACGGCGCGCGUCCACGAGGGCGUGGGGGCGCGCGUCCAGAGCGCGCGCGAGAGCCGCGAGGGACGCGAAAGACACGCUGGACGCCAUGCGCGCGCACGUCGCGUCGACGUCGCGGCGACGGCGCGAGGCGGAGCUGGACCCGGACGCGGUGCGCCGUCGCGCGGAGGCGGGGGUCGCGCGCGCGGGGAUCGGGGGCGGCGACGGCGACGCGCCGGCGCGGGGGUCGUUCGCAGUCGGGAACGCGCGGUUGCUCGCGUACGUCGCGACGCACUCGCCAUCGCGCGUGAUGAAGAGCGAUUCGCGAAUUCGCUUCGCCGCCGGCGCGUCGUCGUCGUCGUCGUCGUCGUCGCACAAGUCGACGACGUCCGCGGGCGUAGGCGGCAUUCCGUCCUUCCCCGCCGCGGCCGCGAGCGCCCUCGCGCGUCUCUCCGCGGCCUCGGCCACGAGCGCGCGGAUAUCCCUCGACCCGCGGAUAUCCGGCGCCGCCGCGACCGCCGCGACGGCGACGACCGGCGCCGGCGCGCCACCCAACGCCGCCGCGAGCGCGUCGACCCCGCCCAGCCUGCUCCCCUCCCCCACGAACGCGCCGCCGCUCGCCGCCGCCGGGACGUUCGCGACGCACCCCGCGGCGGUCAACAUCGCGCUCGUCCGCUCUCGUAUGUGCUCGAACCGUCUCUUCCCCAAGUUCGCGCCGCCGUACACCCGCGCCACGACCACGGCGUACCCGACCGCUCUUCGCGCGUUGAGCUCCGCGCGGAUCGCCGCGCCGCCGCGCGACUCGCCGUCGUCGUCGAACCCGCUGUCGACCUUCGCCGCCGCCGAAGCCUUGCGCUUCUUCGCGGAGGAAGCCGGUUUCGAAGAAGAAGAAGGCGCCGUGACCGCCGCGGGACACCUCCACGCGCUCAUGGCGUGAUCGGCGUGCUUCACCGCGACGUCUCGCUUCACGUGCGCGAUGGCCGCGCGCGCGAUCGAAGCGGUGAGGCACGGGUACGCGAGGUGCGCGACGAAGACGCUGCCGCGGUCCACGAUCGGCGUGCUGUGGAGGAUCGUCAGCGAGCCGGAGCGACCGGCCAGCGCGGUCGUCUCGCGGCGGUGCA